AUGCCAAAGGCAGCUGCGAUUCUCAAAAAAGUGAUUAAUUUACCUAUUGGUGGAACAGGAUUGCCAUAUGUUGAUGCAAAAAAUGCCCAAGUUGUGGAAGUUAUUCCCAAGGAACAAGGCACUAGUGUGAGUCAGCCUUCCACGUCCAGAAGCAUUCAAGUUGUUAAUGACGAAGAAAAACAACCUAAAUUCACUUAUUCCAUAGGAUUAAUAUUCUCCUUGAUAGGAUGUGUCAUGGGAACAGGCAACGUCUGGCGUUUUCCUCGAAUAAUCGCUGUAACAAGUUCCAACACAGGAAGUCUAACAUUCCUCAUGGUUUGGGUUUGCUUCCUGUUUACUUGGUCAAUUCCGCUUAUCAUAACCGAGUAUAGUAUCGGUAGAUUUACUCGUGGUUCUCCAACUAUCGCCUUUCAACGGUUCAUGGGGAACAAGUUUAUUUGGAUAGGUUGCUGGGUUUCUGCUGUUACCUUCUUUAUCGGGGCCUACUUCUCCGUGGUUGUCGGUUGGUGUCUGUACUACAUUUAUGUGGCUUGUAAUGGUCAGGAACUACCAGCAACUGAACCAGAGAGUCGUUUAAUUUUCGAAAAUUUUACACACACAUAUUGGCCUCUGCUCUGUCACGCAAUUUGCCUUUUAAUUUGUGCACUUGCCAUCUUCAAAGGAGCAAAAGGAAUCGAAAUCGCAAAUGGACUCCUUGUUCCCAUGCAGGCCACUAUUAUUCUCAUUGUUUUCUUUUGGUCCCUGUCGCGAGAUUAUGCCGAUGUUGGAAUAAAAUUCAUGUUCACGGCUGACUGGUCAACCCUGCUUGAUCCAAAACUCUAUGUGGAAGCUGCUUGUCAGAAUGGUUUUGACACCGCUGCUGGAAUGGGUCUUCUGUCGGCCUAUGCUGCGUAUUUCAGUCGAAACACCGGCGCUGUUCGCUAUGGAGUCUUUUUGCCAUCGGUUAACAACCUGGCUAGCAUCAUCUGCGGUUUAACGAUUUUUUCCACUGUCUUUUCAACCCUCAUUCAAACAUCACCAACACUUACCAUCCCCCAAAUCGUAGCAAUUAUGAAAGAGACAGGACCCGGGAGUACUGGAUUAACCUUCACAUGGAUUCCAGUGCUUAUGUCCAAGCUGGGUUUAAUGGGGAGAAUUUUGUGUGCCCUGUUCUUCAUUUGCUUAUCCUCAGGUGGUCUCAGUUCAAUGAUUUCCUUUUUGGAACUAACCGUGAGAGUUAUUCAAGACUUUGGUGUGAGCAGACGUUGGGCAGCUAUUACAGCAUUGAUUCUUUCCUUCUUGGUUGGAGUUCCAUCUGCACUCAGCAUCGACAUUCUCUCAAACCAG